CUGCCAUUUCUUCCCAAUGAUAGUGAGCACCAUCAAAUCCAUUUGUUAGCAACUCCCAACCACCCAUUUGGGAAAUGAGCGAUGACAUUGGAAGCGUCCCCUGAAACAAGCACAUGGUCUGGGAAUUUUGCAAUGUACGGUAUUUCACGAUACUAGUACGCAUCCUUACAAGUUCAUCCUGAGCAUCUUCAUCCAUGCAUGAGUUAUAGUAGGUUCGAGGGAGGCUCAGGGGCUCUGUUUCGGGUGAAGGACCUUCGAGUAUGUCUCUCAAAAGGAGUUUAUGCCGUUUUUCCAUUUCGUUAAGUACGUUGAACUUCUUUUCGUGUUCUGGUACUGCUCGACUGAUGGCAUACGAACCACAGCCAAAUGAAUAGAAGUCUUUGCAUGGGUCCACAUUACUAUUCAUAUUAUUUAAAUAAUUCGCAGCUAAUCUAA